AUGCCCGGCAAGCCGGCGAUACUCUCUUGUCGCUUCACAUUCCCUCUUCUCUGCUUUCCUCUACGACAUGUUAUGGAUUGCAGGAUAUGUGAGCUCAAACAGCGUCAUUUUCUAUGCGAAACAUGUAUAAGAACACACGUCCUCGACCUGCGACAACAGAUUCAACAUUACACUACAGAUCGUGAUGAACAUGUGGUCAAAGCGACGAAGGCGCUUACGGAUGUCAUGAUGCCAGCUCGAAUGAGUCGGGCCAACCUGUCAAUGUAUCAGAGGCAGCUCGAAGAGCUACAGGGAAACUUGGCGAAGCUGCGGAAGGAUAACGAGAAGAAACGAGACCGGCUGAGAACUCUACGCGAAACUCUAGCAUCUCGUCGACGAACGCUGUCUGCAGCCAAACUCCAGACGCCUAUGCUAGUGCACCCUCCAACAACGUCCCUUCCCCAAGCCGAAACUCUGUCCAAUCUUACUGCAAGCAUAUCACGCGCGAGGGCUGGUCUCGUACAAGAGCUGGUAGAAGUCUUCAAUGUGGUCGAAGUUGGCGGGAGGCCACCCAUCGGUGGCAAGGCUGGGACAAAGGGCGAAUGGACGAUCGGGGAUUUGAUCCUCCCUGUGCCAGGAGAUAUACGAAGAUACCCGCCAGAUCAUAUCAAUGCGGUGCUGACGCACACCGUCCACUUUCUCUCGCUGCUUGCGUUCUACCUCGGCAUCAAGCUUCCCUUCGAGGUGAUAUGGACUGGAGGAAAACUGGGCGUUGGGCAGCCGUGGAUUGGAGCCACGAAAGGCGCGGAGACAGGCGGGUGGGCAAGAUGGUACAACAAACAUCCUCUUCACCUCUCCUCCGCCCCACUCCCAUCCUCUCCGCCACCCCCAAUACCAUCCUCAUCGCGUGUUUCUUAUCCCACUGAUACGUCCUCGUCCAUGGCGGCUUCUAUGCUCGCCUCGGAUCCUCCUGACUCAGCACCGCAGUCGUCAUUCACCACAGCUCUCGCGAUGCUGUUGUACGACGUGUCUUAUCUCGCUUACACCCAGAGCGUGGAUGUGCCCUUGAGCCAGGCAGGCGAUGUCCUCAGCAAUUUGUGGAUGGUGUGCUGUAGCACCGAACUUGGAAGGAAAUCCCACGAGACAUACCCACACAUGGCUCCGCCCACGCCCCCGUCGUUCCCGCUGGAUUUUGCGCAGCUGCUCCAAGCCACGCGGCACAUCCUUCGUCGAAAGCACGGACACGCCGCCCCAGUGGCAAGAGCUCGUCAGCCGUGA